GAGGGGAGUCAGUCGGCGGCUCGAUCUCGCUGCGCAGCUCAGGGCCGGACGCAGCCAGCGGCGCCUCCCCUCCCCCCGCCGGGACCCCCCCUCCCCCUUCCGCGGCCUGAAGAUGAGUUUCCUCUUUGGCAGUCGGUCCUCUAAAACAUUCAAACCCAAGAAGAAUAUUCCUGAAGGCUCCCAUCAGUACGAGCUCUUGAAACAUGCAGAAGCAACCUUGGGAAGUGGUAACCUUAGACAAGCAGUUAUGUUGCCAGAAGGAGAGGACCUCAAUGAAUGGAUUGCAGUUAACACUGUGGAUUUCUUCAAUCAGAUCAAUAUGUUAUAUGGGACCAUCACAGAAUUCUGCACGGAAGCAAGCUGUCCAGUGAUGUCUGCUGGACCAAGGUAUGAAUACCACUGGGCAGAUGGUACCAAUAUAAAGAAACCAAUUAAAUGUUCAGCUCCGAAGUACAUUGAUUAUUUGAUGACAUGGGUUCAGGACCAGCUGGAUGAUGAAACCCUCUUUCCUUCAAAGAUUGGUGUCCCUUUUCCUAAGAACUUCAUGUCUGUGGCAAAGACUAUACUGAAGCGUCUGUUUAGGGUCUAUGCCCAUAUUUACCACCAGCACUUUGACUCUGUGAUGCAGCUCCAGGAGGAGGCCCAUCUCAACACCUCCUUUAAGCACUUUAUCUUCUUUGUACAGGAGUUCAACUUGAUUGACAGGCGUGAGUUGGCUCCUCUUCAGGAACUAAUUGAAAAGCUAGGAUCCAAAGACAGAUAAAUUUUCCCUGGAAGAAUUCUUUCUGCUUUCAAACAUGGUUCCUCUUUCUUGCUUCAUAUACCAGCUGCAGCUAUUUCUUUACCACUUUGUCUUCAGUGGCACAAACCCUGAGUAACCAGGUACCACAGCUAGCGGGUCUAAAACAGAGGCUUUCCAGUCUAGCACAGUUACUGCCCUUCUUCCAUCUUAGUAGCUGGUGUGGGGGCUUCAUUGCAAAGAAGUACCAGGUCAAAUUUCAUGUAAAAUCCAAGGUCUGCAAUUCAGCAAAAGUGUCUUCAGAGCAAAGUAGCUAUGAAUUCUAAGAGCUACUUUAUCAGAUCUUUUACUUGGAAAGGUGGGGUUCAUGAUUGCAUUAAUCCCUGCAAUGUCAUGAUUUUCUAACUGAACCAUAUUUUGUCAAUCUAUAUAAAUUAGUGAAAUUUUGCAUAAUUUUCAAUGCAGAACUACAUCAUUAUAGUUUGCAUUAGCAGUUCCAGAAUUAACUUUCUGCUCUAGAAAUUGGAUGGAUAAGUAUUUUGAGACCUCAACUCAGCUUGCAGUUUUGGGCAUAUGAGGUUUUGUGCACAACCCCCUAAAUUUGUAUGCAUGGAUAGGGGAGAUGUUUACCUAAUGUUCAAGUGCACCUUCAGGAGUUUGGAUGCAUAAUAUUUACAGGACAUUUGUGGAAAAAUUUGGCCACAUAACACUUAAUUUUUCAAACACUUCCACAAAUGUGGCUGUUGUAAUUUAUCUGACAUGAAACAACAGAUGGUAAGAAUUCUGUAGAUACUAUAUUUGGCUAGAAAUUGUUUGCAAAACUGCAAAUGCAAAUAUUUUGGUUUGGGUUUUAUUCCAUCCAGCGUUUAGUUGCUCAACAAAGUUCCAUUUUAAAGCUCUGUUUGCUAGUAUAAAAAUUGUUGAAUACUUCUGAUAAGUGCAUUACGUUAUGAACUUUGAUAUUCCACUGUUUUCUAUGUAGGAAAUAGAACUAUUUUUGCAAAUUUUAUGAUGGAUGCAAUUUACACUUAAAACACACUGCAUUUUUAUCUCGUAGAACUAGACUGUUAAUAGGUAUAGGUUGGUAUAUGUAGCUUCAGCAACCAAAGCAAUUUAAAAAACAAUCUGGUAUUCAGUUGGUUAUGACUUUGAAUUGCACACAUAUAUAUAUAUAUGUAUGUA